ACACUUCUGACAGGAGAUUCCACACACUCAGCAUCCUUAGCCUGUGAGGACACGCAGUGUUCGGUUUCAUCAUCAAAGUGCUUCUCUCUCUCUCUCUCUCUAGCGUUAAUUGAUGGCCUCGAGUAACUUCUACUAACGAGGAAAACCCGAACCUUUUUCUAAUUUAACUCCAGUUAAUUGGAAGCCCGCGGGGAAAUCAGCUCGGGCCUGGAGAGCACUUGGUGGGCGCAGCUGAGCCGGUAGUCACCGCGCGCCUAACAUGAGACAGCACCAGGCUAUACCGGUAUUUCGGGUUUUCCUGCUCCGGGUUGCUUGAGUAGGUUAUACAGUGACAAUGCACGUUUUGUUCUGCGGCACUAUUCUAAGAAGGGAACAUUUGAAAUGAAACCUGUAGUUAAUGUAGAUUUAUUGAUGACGAGUAGCUCUUCCAGUCACCGUUUUGGGAUAGUUUUAUCUUUACCAUAAAUCAUGGCAAUAUGAUCCGAUAUGAGGAAAGGAAUCGGUAGUGAAUAAUUCCGCAAUGGACAGGAAUUACGCUGUGCACAGUGUUAGAUCUUUGUUGAGUUUUGCCUAGGUUAAGAUCCACAGAGCGCGAAUCAAGUGAGUAGACUUUUUUUCUGGCGGAUCCUGCGCUGUGUUGUUCCUCUCCUCGUGUAUCUUAUCGAGGACUCAGCCCAACACAUUGUGAAUCAAAUGGAAAUUACUUCUGGCGAUGCCUUAUAUUUCUGAGCUGUAUUUCUAGAUUCCACACAGUCAAUUGAUUAUGUACAAAUGGGGGGAUGGUUCGUUGUUAAAAAUAGCCUGACACUUCAGAUGAGGUAGCGAGAUGAACAGGUUGCUGCUUACUGAAACUUACUGGGAGCAAAUGCGAAAAUAGCCUAUGCUUCACCCGCAUCCAACCUCUGUUGAACCGGUUAAUUUCUCUUUAAAUCUUCCAGGAAUGCAUGCACAACCUGAGAAUUCCGCAUCAAGCAUUUACAGAUUCACAAGAAAAAUAAUUGAAUAUUAUUUUGCCAUGUGUUAAAUUGAAUUCGUAAAAAAAACGUUGACUUUUCGAUAAGAAGACAGCAGGAAUCUAGCAGCUGCUUGUUGAUGGCACUACGCGCUUGGAGGACUUGGUUUGGGCAGGUUUUGCGCAGAGUGUCUAGGCUGCAGGGCUCGUGGUCCCGGCGAUCGAGCAGUCUCCUGUGUCUCUCUGCGAACCCGGAGCAGGAUUUGGGGACCUGUUACAGGGAUCACACACAUAGCAGUCUCCACUACUGCUCUUCUGUCCACCGCACCCACCGUCACCAACACGCGCCAGUCUGUCCCUCCUCUUUCAGCCGCUGCCAACGCUUUCCCGAUUGCUGCGCAGCCUUCCCGGGGGAUCGGAGGGGACAUGAGCCCCUCACUCGCCGGUUCCUGGUGGUCAUGAAGCGGCAGAACGUGCGGACCUUGUCCCUGAUCAUCUGCACGUUCACGUACCUGCUGGUCGGUGCCGCGGUGUUCGAUGCCCUGGAGUCUGACUUCGAGAUGCGGGAGAAAGAACAGCUGGAGGCAGAGGAGAAGCGUCUCCAAGGGAAAUACAACAUUAGCGAGGACGACUACCGCAAACUGGAGACCAUCAUUAUGGAGGCCGAGCCCCACAGGGCCGGAGUUCAGUGGAAAUUUGCGGGAUCUUUUUACUUUGCCAUCACAGUCAUCACCACCAUAGGUUAUGGCCAUGCAGCUCCCGGCACAGACGCGGGGAAGGCCUUCUGCAUGUUCUAUGCCGUCCUGGGGAUACCCCUGACCCUGGUCAUGUUCCAGAGCCUGGGCGAGAGGAUGAACACCUUUGUCAAGUCCCUCCUGAAGCGCAUCAAGAAGUGCUGUGGCAUGCACAUCACCGAUGUUUCCAUGGAGAACAUGGUGACGGUGGGGUUCUUUUCCUGCAUCGGGACGCUGUGCAUCGGGGCGGCCGCCUUCUCCCACUACGAGGACUGGAGCUUCUUCCAGAGCUACUACUACUGCUUCAUCACACUGACUACCAUCGGCUUCGGGGACUUUGUGGCCCUGCAGAAGAACCGGGCCCUGCAGCGGAGGCCCCUGUACGUGGCCUUCAGCUUCAUGUACAUCCUGGUGGGCCUGACUGUCAUAGGAGCCUUCCUCAACCUGGUGGUGCUGAGGUUCCUGACCAUGAACAGUGAGGACGAGAGGCGAGACGCAGAGGAGAGGGCCUCGCUGGCGGGGAACAGAAACAGCAUGAUCAUCCACAUUCAGGAGGACACGCUGGGGAGAGGAGGAGGUGCAGGGAGGAGGCGCAGGGAAACGCAGGGCCAGUUCUGCUCCGAGGUCACCGAUGUGCCAUCUGUCUGCUCCUGCAUGAACUACCACUCACAUGAGUUUGGUAGCUGUGGGGGAGAGAUGGGAGUAGGGGGAGGGAUGGGGGGGGGGGGAGGAGGGAUAGAAUGUGCCUUCUCCCACCAGAACUCCUUUAGUUCCCAGUUGAACCCCCACCAGUACUUUCACUCGGUGUCGUACCGCAUCGAGGAGAUCUCUCCCAGCACCCUAAAGAACAGCUUCUUCCCCUCGCCCAUCAGCUCAGUCUCCCCAGGCCUCCACAGCUUCACAGACAAUCGCCGACUCAUGAAGAGAAGGAAAUCUAUCUGAGCCUAGUGCAUCAUAGUGUUUUGAACUAUAUGUUGCAUUUCAACGUUUUUGCCUAAAUGGUAAAACGUUGAAAUGGAACAGAUCAUCAGACUGGGUUGGCCUAUCUACACAGGCAACUCCUAGCUUUCCUUUUUUAUAUACAAGUACAAUGCAUCUCCAAUGUUGCUCCUAACCAAAUCUUAUUUUAGAACUUUUGUUUUGUUUCUUUUGGUUGGUCUAAGGAUGUAAUAUAUUGAAGCGAUUCAUAGGGAUUGACAGAAGAGGAAGGAGCUUCGGAAAGAAAUGGAAAACCUUUUGGACAUGAAUUGUGUUUGUUUUUCUCGUGAGGGAUUCAACGCAUGAAGCAUGGACACUUAUUGUCCCAGGGAAUUGUCCCAUCUGAGAAAUACAAAUCAGAACCAUCAGAUGUUAUUACAACUUUCCUUAUUGCCGGCUCAUUAAAAUAGUAUAGGAUCUUGGUAACAAUGUACCAAAUGAUGCACACUUAGCAUUGUAAUGGAGAAAUGCUAUUUUUUUAAAGUGAGUAUGCCUGUUUCACCUUAACUUAAAAUGAUUGCAGUUAAGUGCUUUUGAAAUGACUUAAAAAGCAUCAGGUAUUAUUUUCUAUAAGCAAUUCUAUCUAGGAAAAAAAGCAAAAUGAUUUAUUUACAGAACAUCAUGCCAAAAUAUUGUUGCCAAUCUUAGCAUGUGCAUUAGAAGUCAUCAAAUGAGUGUUUCAUUUUUGUUUCUUUUUUUAAAAUAGCAGAUUUGGUAUUAUUAUGGUUUGUGUCUGUAGAUGUUUUCUUUCUGGAUUUCAGAUUGUGUAAAAUAUGAGGAUGAGAAAAGGAGUAACAAGGUUUUAUGGCUUUCCAGUUUGAAAAAGUUGCUAUGUGCAUGUACUUGUGAAACUGGUAUGCAUAUAGAUGUAUGAGAAAAAAUAAUAAUAACCUUGCAAUUUAUUUGAAUUUUGAUAGCAAAUAAUCAUAAUAAUGAUUUAAAAAUAUACUUAAUUUAUUUAGCCACUUAAAAGUAAUGAUGUAUAGUGUAGGCUAAACAGCUUAUUUGUUUUUCCAUUUUUUUUCCAUUCUGAAAAAUUGUACAAUGACCUUUGCUCUCAGGUUUUGAAUGGAUAGCCUAUUUAGGUUCUGGUCCCCGAAUCAAAUCACGAAAAGAUAUCCCGGAAAUCCGAAUGCACCUGCCAAACAAAACAAUACAUAUCAAUUUAUUUUUUAAAUAGUACACAUUUUCCAGGAAAAGGAUAUUGAGAUGCAUCAUCUUACUAAGCGAAGCUUCCUGUACUAUAGACCAGCGUGGGUUCAGAGCGCGCGCACACACAUACAGAUCUUCACUGUAUCGAGCCAUAGAGGAGCAGGUCAGGAUACUGUACCACUGCUAUUCUAUAAGAAUGUUAAUGUUGAUGACAGGUGUAAUCCAAGAGUCCAAACUUCAAUUGUGUCACUAAGAAUAUAUACACGCCUUCAGCCUACGAACACAAUGACAGGCAUUUGAGAUGUAUACAAUGAUGUUAUCCUUGGGUUUAAUCCAAAACAUUGAAAUUUAAUGACAGUCAAAUGGCUAUCAAUGGGUGAAAAUUGACGAGAUGAAGGAGCAAUGCAAUACUCGGCAUUGAUUCGUUAAGCACAAAAUGUGCCAAUUAAGUCGGCAACAGGGCAAAGGGAUAAAUGCCAUGGAUACCAUUAGGCAGAUUUCCAUUGACACAGGUUAAUUAAACAAAAGAAAUGUCGCAAAAAAAUCGUUGCAAUGUGUAAUGAAAACGGCAGAUAUUGGAGACAUUUUUCUAAAGAUCAACAACAUUUUUAUCCGUUUGACAGGAUGUUUCCUUUGUCUAACUUUAUUUGUUGCGGCAAAUGAUGAUGGAAAACACGUUUUUUUAAGAAACGAUGAUUGCCGAAUAAUUUUGAAGGUACGUGGGGAAAGUGAUGUCAUCACGUAGGUUGACUAUAAAGGUCCACUUCACAAUUCUAAAUGCAUACUGCUUGCAACAUCUAUUUUAUAAAAAUCUAUAUAAAUAAUUUUUCUUUGCAAGACAAGGAUUAUUCUGACUUUCAAGAAUGCCCGAAUUGCUUCGCCUUGCUUUUAUGGUUGUCUGGCAAGUUUCGCAUCCAAUUAUUUCAGAUCUACAGGAGUGCAUAGACCUUGGCGACAUGUUGGCACAUGAGAAUUAUUAUGGAACAUAUUAGUCUAUUAUUGCAUUCUAGUAUCCAUGCUGACUUUCGCGGGCUACCUGAGACAUGAAAGAGAUAGAUGAGAGGGCAUACAGGCUGUUGCCAAUUUAUUAAUGCUGAAAUUGCUUAAAUGGGUAAUGGAAACAAUUCUACCAAUACAUUUUUAUUCAAGACUAGGUUUUUGCAAAAAGGUUUUGUGGUUUAGCUGUGAUGUCAUUACGUCCAGCUGUUUUUAGCGACACAAGAUAGUUAAAUGGAAACGCACCCUAGCAGACAAUUAUUGCAUCUACUUUCUAUGUCGACAAAAAAAUCCCUGGACAAGUUAAUGGAAACAUACCUAGUGUCUGUCUUAAAUGAAAAUAACAAAACAUGAACAUCCAAGGUUCUAGAAUGUUCAGAUGACCCUAGAAAUGCAUAUGUAAAUAUACAGACUACUUUAUAUCUACUGUACAGUACAUAUAUUGUAAGUAUUCAUCCUUUGGAAUAAAACGGCCUUUCCACAGCUCAGAUGCGUUAGCAUUUUUACACAUUUUAGCAUAUGUGCCUUUAAAAAACUAUAUUUCAACGUUUCUAUACCUGUAGGCACAUUUUAUGUCUGAGAAAUAAAUCAAACAUUGUCCUUAUAAAAUAUGUAUCCAUCUCUAAGGAUUCAUGUACACUUCAUACAAAUGCAAAACCAAAGCAGAAAUUUACUUAUUUUCGGCAAACCACACAGACACAAGCCGGCUGAUUUACAACUUAAAAAGUACUUAUUUAGGCAGAACUUCCACAGGUUCUACGCUUGUCGAAUUAUUGAGGUGAAUGAUGGGUAUAGGUGGAGAAAUCACUCUUACAUUUAGCUAAACUACUAUAUGUGUAAUUUAUUGGCAUAGAUGGUGGACAUGCACAUGGAUAUUAAGGGUUGAGAGUCAAUGUUAAAGUCAUUUUGAUUGAUUAUGAGUCAAUAUUGGCUUUUAAUGACUGAUCAUACCAUGGUGAGGUGAUGCCAACAUGAUAAUGCUUACAAUGAUUUACAAGAGAGUAAAACAAUAAUUGUAACUGGGGUUUGCUUGCCAGGAAAUGUGCCAUAUUACCAUGCAUGGAUUAAAUGCUGAGUGAGUCAACAGAUAACAGAUGUUUGUUAACACAUAUAUAAAACACAUUGUACGAAUGUCAUUGAUAUUGACUUGUGGUAUUUAUAUUAGUUGUUGAAUUAUCCCUGCUCUUUCGAAGUAAUACAUUUGGCUUUUUACCUCCAAGCUGUGCACACAGAAACAGAAAGUAUUCUGGAUUCAGGUGGUUAUUGGCCGUUCUUUCUACAUUCUGCAUGUCCUCCUAAUGCCUGAGGCUUAAUGUGGCAGAUAUCACCGUGUGCCGGCCAGCUCUCUAUCUGCCCAGAAGUCCAAAGUGCCAAGUUCUCCUAUUACAGGGACAAAGAGACACAUAUUGCACAACUAUAUGUGUCAUGAUGAACUCUAGAAGGCUGUUGGGUUACUUGUAUGAUUCCAUGUUACUGUUUAUUAAUUUCUCUAAUUUCUUGAGAUAAAAAAAUAAUCCUUUGCAAUAGAAUAUAAUUUUUUUAGGUCUGAUGAACAAAUGCCAUGUACCAUGUUUAUUUUAACAUUACAAAAAUGCUAAAUGCAUACCAUCUCCACAUGACACGUUUUAUCAAUUUGCUUUAACAAAUGACCAGAUUGACUCAAUGGACAUUUUUGUUUCACAGUUUUGGAAAACUCCUGAUGUCAAUACAUGCAGCGGUAUGGGCUUUCUCUUUUCAAUAAAUGGGAAAGAGCAACUUGUUGAGUAAACAACCAUUUAUGUUUAUGUUUUCAUUUUUGGGUGUGCAUGAUUUGGUGUGGUGACUUCCUGGUCAGGUGACCUGGGUGAAGCCAUGACACCACUUGAAUAAAAACUAUGAGCCUCCUUCUCACACGGCCCAAACCCUCUGACUUCUGACUCUGGUCUCUGGUCUUACACUACUGUAAAUCUACUACAACACUACAACUGUAACACUACUGUAAAUGUCAGCUACACUGACUAUACCAACCAUUAUGAACACCUUCCUAACACCGUUCUUUUUGCCCCAGAACAGCCUCAAUUCGUCGGGUCACAAUUCGUUGGGUCACAAGGUGUUGAAAGCGGUCCAAAGGGAUUCUGGCCCAUGUUGACUCCAAUGCUUCCCACAGUUGUGUGAAGUUGGCUGGAUGUCCUUUGGUUGGUGGACCAUUCUUGAUAAACACAGGAAACUGUUGAGCGUGUAAAACCCAGCAGCGUUCCAGUUCUUGACACAAACCGGUGCGCCUGGCACCUACUACCAUACCCCGUUCAACGGUGCUGAAAUGUUUUGUCUUGCCUGCUCACCCUCUGAAUGGCAGACGUACACAAUCCAUGUCUCAAUUGUUUCAAAGCUUAACAUUUUUUCUUUAACCUGUCUCCUCCCCUUCAUCUACGCUGAUUGAAGUGACAUCAUUAAGGGAUCAUAGCUUUCACCUGAAUUCACCUGGUCAGUCUAUGUCAUGGAAAGAGCAGGUGUUGAUAAUGUUUGUACACUCAAUAAUAAUAAUAAUACAUUUUAUUUGGCAGGUGCCUGUUCUUAAUGUUUUGUAUACUCAGUGUAUAUGCCUAUGCUAUAUGAGAGAGCACAGUGCAGUAUUCACUAUUCACCCAUAGCAACAGCAGCCAAGGUAGUACACACCUCAAACUCUUCCUUCUGACUGUGGUCUGUGUUUUGUCUCACACUAAUGUAACCUCACUAUAACACGACUGUAACACUGCUGUAUUGGUCACACUAAUGUAACCCCACUAUAACACGACUGUAACACUGCUGUAUUGGUCAGCUCCCAACACAGUCGCCACAUCCCACUGACAUACAGUAGCCAAGUACAGUAUUCACUAUUCACCCCAUGACAGACUACAUUGUACGCUGCCAAGAAAAAAAAAAACAUUAUAUAAACUCAUACAUUUCUAAAUUCAUUCCUUACCAAGAUAUACACUAUUGCAGUUAAAAGAUUGAGUUCAAAACCUUACCUGUUGGGGCAAUUAGGUUUUCCUCCAAGAAGAAGUUAUGAAUUCAUGAAUAUAGUGCAUUUAUUAAGAAUCCCCCUCCAGAAGGGAUACGACUGGCAUCUAAUUUGACGCUCUAACCCAAACUGAAGCUCAUAUUUGCUCAAGGUUUCCAGAUACACGAUGGGGCUUAAAAAGUCAUUUUAGUGUUGGCUUAAGGACAUGUGAAGAGAGAGAACAUAUCUAGCCCGGAGAGAGUGACCACCGACGUCUAAACUGAUCAAAAUACAAGACACUUCAAGACAAAUAAGAUCUAAUUCUACAUUACGAUUCAGAAUGAUCUAGAGGCAACCGUCCCAGAGAGGAAUCUGAUUUAGACUGGAUAUAAAUGUGAGCGAGUGUCACGGAUUCCCCCAGUACUGCUGCUCAUUCCGUUCACCAGCUCCGGAGGUAAACGUCACCGGCCUUCUAGGUGUCACUGAACUGGAUUCAUCACCACCAACCCCGGACUGUCUUGUCUCAUUACGCACACCUGGUUCCCAUUCCCCUUGAUUAGUAUGUGUAUAUCUGUGCCCUCUGUUCCCCAUUGUCCUUGUAGAUUAUUGUUACCAUGUCCGUUCGUCUUGUGAGUCCCAGUGCUGUUGUAUCGGCUUCCAUGCUACGUAUUAUUGUGCGCUUGUUAUACGGGUCUCGUCCUGUGCAUUAUUUAGAGGUUUACACUUCGCAAUUUUGUUUGGUUGGAGAAAAUAAAACCCCCUAUUACGUA